CGCUACAGGGGUCUUUUCUGCUCCUGUCACCGCUUAAAACUAUCAGAUGGUUCGAGGGAGGACAUGGAGGCAGCCACCUAGCUCAGCGGAGCCGCGGAGCCCACAGCAGCGCCCUCCGGAGCCCCGAGGCCGCCGCUGCUGCCGUCUGCACCGGGACUCCGCAGCCGAGCUCGGCCGCCCGGGGAGCGCACCGCCAGAAGCGCUGCGGACUGGCCGGCUCCGGGCGCUGCAGGGCUGAGCUGCGAAGCUCAGAGACGCGCGGAGCCCAACCGAGACCAGACACUGUGUCCCGGCUGAGCACAAGGAGGGACCGCAGAGCUGCAGUGCCAUCCCGGAUGCGGACGAACAACUUGGAGCAACUUUAAGAUCCAAGCAGCCGCCGGCCCGCGCGGACCCAGAGCAAGAAGGGGGCAAACAAGAAGAUGCCUCGGCCGGGCCGCAACACGUACAGCGACCAAAAGCCGCCCUACUCGUACAUCUCGCUGACCGCCAUGGCCAUCCAGAGCUCGCCCGAGAAGAUGCUGCCGUUGAGCGAGAUUUACAAGUUCAUCAUGGACCGCUUCCCCUACUACCGGGAGAACACGCAGCGCUGGCAGAACAGUCUGCGCCACAACCUAUCCUUCAACGACUGCUUCAUCAAGAUCCCGCGGCGGCCAGACCAGCCGGGCAAGGGCAGCUUCUGGGCGCUGCACCCCAGCUGCGGGGACAUGUUCGAGAACGGCAGCUUCCUGCGGCGCCGCAAGCGCUUCAAGGUGCUCAAGUCCGACCACCUGGCGCCCAGCAAGCCCGCCGACGCCGCGCAGUAUCUGCAGCAGCAGGCCAAGCUGCGCCUCAGCGCGCUUGCGGCCUCCGGCACGCACCUGCCACAGAUGCCCGCUGCCGCCUACAACCUGGGCGGCGUGGCGCAGCCAUCGGGUUUCAAGCACCCCUUCGCCAUCGAGAAUAUCAUCGCUCGAGAGUACAAGAUGCCUGGGGGGCUGGCCUUCUCCGCCAUGCAGCCCGUGCCCGCCGCCUACCCGCUCCCCAACCAGUUGACUACCAUGAGCAGCUCGCUGGGCACCGGCUGGCCGCACGUGUACGGUUCCGCAGGCAUGAUCGAUUCGGCCACCCCCAUCUCCAUGGCUAGUGGCGAUUACAGCGCCUACGGCGUGCCAUUGAAGCCGCUGUGCCACGCAGCAGGCCAGACGCUGCCCGCCAUCCCGGUGCCCAUCAAGCCCACCCCGGCCGCGGUGCCCGCGCUGCCCGCGCUGCCCGCGCCCAUCCCCACCUUGCUCUCGAACUCGCCGCCCUCGCUCAGCCCCACGUCCUCGCAGACAGCCACCAGCCAAAGCAGCCCCGCCACUCCCAGUGAAACGCUCACCAGCCCGGCCUCCGCCUUGCACUCGGUGGCGGUGCAUUGACCCGCAGCAGCCGGAGCCCCCUCUUGUUCCCCUCCCUGCCAGCUUAUACGCCUUCCCCGCCUCCCAGCCCUGCCCUCCCCCCAUCUAAGACCGCCACCCUAACUUGUCCAUUUCACCUUCGGCCAACCCUCUCUCCCCCAGGAGAACUUUGUUUUGGACCCAGGAGACAAAACACAAACUUGCAGAUGGCCUGGAGGCGCGUGGGAGCUGUCCUCGUCUCCACAAGAGGGGAAGGCAGGGAGCACCUGGGCCAAGCCUUCCGACUCCCCGGCCCCCCGAAACCCCCUCCCAUUUAAAAGGCAGGGGAAAUCCUGCCUCCCGCCUUCGCGGAGAGGAGCGCGUCUUCCCUCGGCCGGGAUCGGCGGGGCGCAGGACACCGCGCAGUCAGUUCCUAGACAAGAGAAACCGCCUCAGAGGUUUCCUCGAACAGAUCUCCCCUGAGGGCUACAGCCGCACCGCGGAGGGCCGGAUCUCGUUUACGUCUUGGAAAUCUGCCGGGAAGAGGGACCACUAAUCUUCCUUACCCGACUCGCCUCCGCCCAUCCGGCAGGGGCUGGGCGGACCACAGCUUCCUGGAGUAGCGGCCCUGCCUCCCCAGCUUCUGCGGAGUUUUUUGUUUUGUUUUGUUUUGUUUUGUUUUGUUUUGUUUUGUUUUGUUUUGUUUUGGGUUUUGUUUCCUGCCAGACGCUCCAGGCACGGGGAGUUAGGGGAGAGGCUGCCAAACUGAGAAGGGGACGCUUGUCCUCAACACAAGCAAAACAAAACUAAAAGUAACCUUGUAGUAUUGUUUACAAAGGCGCCCGGUAAAAUGUAAACAGUGAACUUGAAUCUGUAUUGCUUGGCGGGCGAGCGGGCAAAGCCCACUUUACAAGUACCUGUUGUAAUGUGAAUGUUUACUCUCCAUUUCUGGCCAGGUUUAGGGGUGGGAAGGGGGGAUGGGAAAGUUAAUUGGGAUGUUAACUUUCCUGUUACUUAGAGACCUUUUAGCUAUUUAUUUUAUUGUUGGAAGGGGGAAAAAAAAAGGAAAGAAAAGAAAGAAAAAAGAAAAUGAAAUAAGCCCAAACUAAGAAAGCAUCAAGGGCAACCCUAGCAGAAUUUAGAUAGCUGACUGGUAACAUGAAGCAGUGUCACCGGAUAGGUCUCCCAUGGACAAGUCUUUCUGUUUGCUACAAGAACUUUCCCAAGAAGCUAAAGGGCUGCAAAGAGAUGUAAAUGCUUGUGAAUAGGAAUGAUUAUACACUGUGUAAAAUGCACUUUUGUUUGCUAUAUUCCUUUAGAGUUCUUAGGUAAUUUGCUGGAAAACGAACUGUUGUUCUGGUGUGACCUGCUUAAGUUAAAAAAAAAAAAAGUUGUAGUUGUCAUAGGGCUGUAAAAUUUUUCCCUUUCAUUUUUCUCCUUCCCUGUCCAGAAUUAGCAUGGCAUCUUAAAUAUUGAUGUUCUUGUUCCCAGCAUGCCUGUUUUAAGACAAAGAAUUUUAAAAAGGUGUCUACAUUAAAUUAUGAAUCUAGUCCAAAUAAUAUUUUCUCAUUAAAAUACAUAAAUUCAAA